GCGGUCAGCAUAAUUCAUGUUUGGCACUCUUUUAUUCGUGACCCAUUGAGCGUGACGGUUGGCUAUCGUAUCGAUCCGGGUAUACAUGCCUUACAAGCAAAGCAUAAACGCCAUUUGAUGAGCUCCUCUCAUUUUUCAAACAUCGGUUCUAUAGUUGAUACACAUUACACGCCCCCACUCCAUGCUUAUACACCACCAGUAGUCAUUGUUUUCUCACCCACAAUCCUUAUAUCAUCCUCUGAUUCUCUUUUAGUUAAUUUCACCUCACAUUCUCUCAUGUCACCCAGAAACUGAAACACCACUCUACAAUUUCUUUAUUGAAUUGAAAACAGCGUAACUCCAUGCCUCCUCUUCUUGAUUUCAAAGACAUUCAGGAUAAGCUCUCUACUCACUUUAGACCCUUUCAUCGCUCCUUUCAGUUCUGGGUUCGCGCAGCUGACAUCUACACUGGGUACAAGGUGUUUCAACUUCGAGUGAGUUUGGUGAAGGAUUUGCAGAAGCAGGAGGAAAUGUGGGAAAGGCAGCAUGAGCUGGCUGCUGACAAGAUUUAUGCUAUGUGCUCUGAUCUUGGUGGGUUCUUCCUUAAGAUCGCCCAAAUCAUUGGAAAGCCUGACUUGGCCCCAUCUGCGUGGGUGAGAAGGCUUGUUACACUGUUCGAUAGAGCUCCGGCAACACCAUUUGAUACUGUUCAACUUGUGCUGAAGAAGGAAUUAGGUCAAAGUGUUGGAGAAAUUUUUGAAAAUUUUGAAGCAGAACCUCUUGGUUCUGCUUCAAUUGCUCAGGUCCAUCGAGCAAGACUGAAAGGUGAUAAGAGUGAUGUUGUCGUCAAGGUGCAACAUCCAGGGAUCCAAGAGCUGAUGAUGACUGAUAUUCGUAACUUACAAGCAUUUGCUUUAUACAUGCAAAAGACAGAUAUCAAAUUUGAUCUGUACUCUGUGACUAAAGAAAUAGAGAAACAGAUUGGAUAUGAAUUUGACUUCGUGAGGGAGGCUAAUGCUAUGGAGAGAAUCCGUCGUUUUUUGUAUGAGAAUAACAAAAAAAGUCCUGUUUUGGUGCCACGAGUGCUGAAGGAUAUGGUCACCAGGAGGGUCUUAGUGAUGGAGUACAUUGAUGGAAUCCCAAUCCUGAAUCUUGGUGAUGAAAUAGCCAAAAGGGGAAUAAAUCCUGGUAGCAAGAUUGCAAUGACAGCAAAGCAGAACAUACUUAAAAGUAUGACACUAGCAUAUGGACAAAUGAUAUUGAAGAGCGGUUUCUUCCAUGCAGAUCCUCAUCCAGGAAAUAUCUUAAUAUGCAAAGGUUCUGAGGUUGCCUUGUUAGAUUAUGGUCAAGUUAAGGAUCUCCCAGAUUCGUUGAGGCUUGGAUAUGCUAAUUUGGUACUUGCUAUGGCUGAUAAUGACCCUAUAAGAGUAUCAGAGAGUUACAGAGAGCUUGGCAUAGAUACGCUGAGCAAAUGUGAGAAUGAGCUGCAGGAACUGCUCAAGUUUGCACAAACGUUGUUUGAUACUAAAUUACCCCCUGGAGUAGUGAUGUUGCAGCCUUUCUCAGAGGACUCUUUAAUUAAAAAGAUUGCUGUUCAGGCUUUCCCAGAAGAACUAUUUUCUGUUCUUCGUACAGUGCAUCUUUUAAGAGGUCUUAGUGUUGGUCUUGGAAUCAAUUACUCAUGCGCAGAACAAUGGAGACCCAUUGCUGAGGAAGCAUUAUAUCUUGCUGGCCGAUUAAAAGGUACAGAUCUAAAGCCUAGAGUUCGUAAGUGCCGUUUAUUUAGAAGAUUACUUGGGAGGGAAUGAUGUAUUAAUGAUAAAGUAGGCGUGAAGCCUUACUUUGGAUGGAGUAAUUAAAAAGUAAGCAAGUAGGCAUGUGCAUCAAUCUGAAACUAUUAGCAGUAUGUAGUUGCUGAUUCCAUGAUUGCUUAUUCAUAUUGUUUACUUUAGCCUCAGCAUAAUCACCCCAAGUUUCUAGCAUGGCGCUGCUCUGCCAAUGUUCAGAGGCAGAGAACUUCUCCAAGGGUAUUUUCUUGAAUGGGCAGGAGUAGAAAAAAAAAAAAAGGCCAUGUCCAGGAUGUACUAAAAGAUGGACAAUUUUCUCAUACCCUGAAAUCAUUCCACUAGGUUCGCAUUCCUUGUAUAUAGUUGAUGUGAGUAGUAGACUAACUAAAGUUGUGAUUAAAUUCGUCAUUUGAGCGAUAGUUUGUUAUUAAUAGUAAGUUAGGUUGCAGAAAUUGCUUUAAAUUUUGAUUAAUGAUUGAACACGUGUAGCGUUUAAAUGCCACUCUGGUAUUAACUUGAAAUUUUGCAA